AUGGGCUCCGUCGCCACUUUUGACAACCUCUCAUUCGAGGUCAAGAACAAGAACGUCACCGCGCGCCUCGUCGACAAUGUGAGCGUCAAGGUCGCCCAGGGUCAAAUGCUUGCCAUCCUCGGCCCUUCCGGAGCGGGCAAAUCGACGCUGCUCGACAUCAUGUCGUUCCGGAAGAAAGCGAUGGAGGGCGGCAGCAUUCGCCUCAAUGGAACACCUCUUACGGCCACGACCAUGUCCGAGGUCUCGUCUUUCGUCGAGCAAGACGACCAGCACUACGGCGUCCUGACUGUGCGCGAGACGAUUGGCUUUGCGUCCCGGCUCACGAACACGGGCCAGACGCGAGCCGAGACCCGUCAGCGCGUCGAUGACAUCGUGCACGCCCUCGGUCUCCAGUCGUGCGCCAACCUCAAGAUCGGGACGCCGAUCCAGCGCGGCAUCUCGGGCGGCCAGAAGCGCCGUGUAACCGUCGGCACCGGCCUUGUGACGUACCCGCGCAUUCUGUUCCUCGAUGAGCCCACCUCCGGCCUCGACUCAGCCUCAGCGCGCGAGGUCGUGGCGUCGAUCCGCCGCAUCGCGCAGGCGGAAGGCAUCAUCGUCAUCGCGACGAUCCACUCGCCGAGCGUCGACACGCUCCAGCUCUUCGACCAGAUGAUGGUCCUCGCAAAGGGGCGUACCGCGUUCCGCGGGACCAUGGCAGAGGCGGCUGCGCGCUGCACCGACAUCGGAUACCCAAUGCCGCCGUUCCAGAACCCCGCGGACCACCUCCUCGACCUAGUGGCGAGCGACUUUGGUGCGGACAAGACACCUGUAAUCGAAGCCCUGUAUACCGCACAGAUGGAGGUCGAAGCGACUGACAGGGCAGUCCAAGGCGAGGACGACAAGCCCCAGCACAUCAAGACCCAGAAGAAGCCGCUGACCCACGACAUUGCAGUCGUCGGCGUGCUCUGCGAACGCACGGUCCUCAACUACUCCCGCAACCUCUUGGCAUACGGCGUGCGCAUGGGCAUGUAUCUCGGGAUGGGCUUGAUGCUCGCGACGAUUUGGAUUCGCCUCGGUAACUCUGACGGCAAGAUCAACGACCGCCUGUCUGUGCACUUCUUCUCCGUCGCUUUCCUGGCCUUUAUGAGUGUUGCCGGCAUCCCCGCGUUCCUCGAGGAGCGCUCCGUGUUCAUCCGCGAGCGCCGGAACGGGCUGUACGGCCCCACAGCGUUCCUCAUCUCCAACACGCUCAUCUCGCUGCCGUUCCUCUUCGCCUGCACCCUCGUCUUCAGUGUCAUUACCUACUGGGCCGUGGGCCUGCAUCCUGGUGCGGGACACUUCUUCCGCUUCCUCUCGUUCCUGUUCCUCGCUAUCAUCGUGGCGGACGGACAGGCCCAGCUGAUCGCCGGAGCGGUCCCCAUCUUCAUCGCCGCGCUUGCCCUCAGCGCUUUUGUGAACGGUUUCUGGAUGUGCGUGCAAGGCUACUUCAUCCGCGCCCGCUCCCUCCCCCGCUUCUGGUACUACAGCUUCCACUGGGCCGACUACCAGACGUACGCGUUCGAGAUCCUCGCCAAGAACGACUUCAUGGGCGAGGUCUUCAACUGCAACACCGGUGUGCUGCCUGACGGCUCGUGCCAAUGCACUUUCCCGCCCUCGGCAGCCACGCUCGCAAAGUACGGCCAAUGCAAGGUAUCCGGCGAAGAUGUCCUCCAGUACCUCGGAUACGCGGGCAUCCCCGUCGGCGGCUACGCCGGCAUCCUCGUCGGCAUAUUCGUCGUCUACCGCAUCCUACUCUGGGUCCUGCUCAAGCUGCGCCGGUAGAAUGUUUGUCGAGUAUAUCCUGUUAUUCAGUAGCGCUGUGUAUCCCAGAACCCGACAUUAUAUGAACUCUGCAAUAAUUUGUGCGAAACCUGCGCAGCUCUAGUUCCAAACUGAGACUGCCACAUUUGCAGAUCGUGGGCGAUGUGCGGUCAUGUGUGUGGCCAGAGACUGGAUGAACAGAGAUGGCCUGAUGGGACCUGAGUGAUGGCUUUGCAGUAAUAUGGGUGGCACCUGCGUGGCCGCCGCCCACCCGUCGAUGAGAACUAUGCAGUAGUCAGAAGGUUGCUGCCACUACUUGCCUUUGAUCCACUUCGUCAAUGGAUUAUUAGCAGCUU